GGGUUUCACACGCAAAUCGCAGCUCACUCUACAGGAGCUCUCAUCUGCUCCCAGUCUGCGCCUUUCGUUCUCUCUCUCCCUUCGACUCAAAUAUAAGAUUUCUCUCUGGUCAUCGCAAUUUCAUCCUUCUUCACCGCUUUGUAUGUGUUUAUAUGUGUGUAUGUAGUUUUAUAUCUCUUAUUCUCUAUGUCUCUGUUGAGUUCUUUGGGUUUAAAUUUGUUAUUCUCCCCAAAUUUAAAAUCUGAAAGAAAACCCAAGUUUGAUUAGAAAAUUUGAUUGAGACGAUGAGAUUGAGAGAGAAAUUGAGAUUGUUCUGAAAUUGCGCCGGCGCCGCUGGCGGCAGUGUUGGUGGUUUGCCGACAAUGGAUGUUGAUCCACUUGCAGUGUAUGUAUACAUGUACUAUCUUUAAUUGAGAUCGAAAUUGUCCACUUUUGCUGUUGGUGGGUGGAGUUGCGGGCGGUGGUUUCAGUGUUGGGGGGUGGUACCGGGAGGUCUUUGUGCGUGUAUAUGUAACGGUAUCAUCAUCGAAUAAUAAACAAAUAUAUAGAGAGGGAAACCAUACGAGAUUCAAGAAAUACCACAAAAAAAAUGGAGUUCAUUUUGUUCAUUUGCAUUUGGAUGGUGAUACCAUGGGAUUGAAUACUUUUCAGAGAGAGAGAGAGAGAGAAUGAAGGGGAUGUUUGGCUCGUGGCUAAUUUUGUUCUAGUGCUAAUAAUUUUUUUUGCUGAAUGUAAUUGUAUUGAUGAUAUGUGAUUAUAAAAUGCACAAUUAAUUACCUAAAAGAAAGCAAAGGCAUGCCGUUGAUCUAAUUUUUCUGAUCAAAAUUUAAUCUUUUCAUGGAUUAGCCAAAAAAUCUAGAUGUCUGCCCAAAUUCGAAGUAUCUUACCUGCACUUUGAACUGUUGCACUAGACGCACAGAAUCCUCCAUGGCUCAUGUGGCUUCAAACCCUGUUGGAUUCCAUAAACUCAGGCUGUAUCAUUUCCAACACAAUCAAUCUCUGCACCCCCUAAAAUUCGUAGUCCAACCGCAGAGUAAAAGUCGCAGAUAUCAACGAUUAUAUUGCCAAACGAACCCUUCUCCGACUGAAUCCUCCCCAAAGGAAAAUCUAUCAGGGGAGCCUGGAUCUGAUAAUGAUAGUAACACCACCCAAGCUACAGGUUCGUCUAUUGAUCCUGGACUUCCUGAAUAUCCAAGCAGAAAAACCAAUCGGCAGAUAGCAGUUGUUUCUAUCCUUGCAGCAGUUGGACUUUUUGCAUCAACACGGCUAGAUUUAGGUAUUUCCUUGAAAGACCUCUCUGCUGCAGCAUUACCAUAUGAACAGGCUCUUUCAAAUGGGAAGCCCACUGUAGUGGAGUUUUAUGCAGAUUGGUGUGAAGUGUGUCGAGAAUUAGCACCAGAUGUAUACAAAGUUGAGCAGCAGUACAAGGACCGAGUAAAUUUUGUUAUGUUGAACGUUGACAACACAAAGUGGGAACAAGAGCUUGAUGAGUUUGGAGUUGAGGGUAUCCCACAUUUUGCUUUUCUGGACAGUAAAGGGAAUGAGGAGGGUAAUGUUGUAGGCAGGCUUCCAAAACGGUAUCUGCUAGAGAAUGUGGAUGCCCUUGCUCGUGGGGAAGCAUCCAUACCUCAUGCCCGUGUUGUGGGACAGUUUUCAAGUGCUGAAUCUCGGAAGGUACGUCAAGUGGUUGAUCCAAGAAGUCAUGGUUAGAUGUCAAUUAUACACCGAAAUACGAAUACAAAAUAUUGUUUGUUAUCAUUUUCUAUGGUUCAAACUCACAUUUGUAUGUAGUCUGCGAGGAGUUUUUUGAAAAAUGGAAUAUGAAUAUUUUUACAUCCAUUCGAUCCCUUUGCCUUGGAUAGUAACUUUAAUAUGUUGCAACUUGUUAGAACAAAACACAAUGGUGCACACC